AUGUCGGCCACAUUUUUGGAAAGAGGUCAACCAGAUCAUGAUCGUGACUUUCGUCACCCUCGUGUCCGAGCAGAUAAGUCAGGUCGACGAGAGCCAGUCAAAGCACGGCGUGACGUUCUUGACGCCCCGGUAAAACCUUCAAACAAAUCAGCCAGCGAAUGGGAUCUUUUGCCUCCAUUGCCAGAAAUUAUCGACGGCGUGAAUCGAUUUACGCGACAUUACUUUCAACUUGGUUUCAUCCCCAAGGAGCAAUUCUCGAGACGCCUUCUUCAAGAUCACCAAUCUGUUAGCGUCUUUCUAGUUGUCAGCAUCCUCAGCAUUUCGGCACGACUCAGUCCUCCUCUUUCGACCCGAUAUGGAUCCGGCAUGAAAGCAGCUGAGUUCUUUAUGGAACGUGCGGCAGCCAUCGCACCCAGUGAGAUCUUUGUGUCCAAGUACACGUUAGAGAGCUGUCAAGCAUUUUACCUACUCAGUAUUGCGCAGCAAGGCAGUGGUAUCAGGAACGAAAGUCAUAUGAAUAUGGGCAUUGCUCUCCGGAUGGCAUCCGCGCUACGCCUACACUUGGAAGAAACGUACGACAUCGCCAACCCGACACCCGAUACUAUAAUUCGUGGGGAGUCUGCACGUCGAACUCUAUGGAUGUUACAUAGUCAGGACCAAUUACACUCGGGCCCCCACUCACCUAUAUCUCUUUCUGCAUCGGACAUUACCGCUCUUCUCCCAUGUAAUGAGGAUGAUUUCGCCUUGGGGCGAGAACCCCCUUCGCGGGCUGCUCUUGAAGGCUCCCCACCAUCCAUCAGUAACCCAGCACUCAUCUGUGACCCCAGUCGGUCUCUCUUUGCAUCCCUUAUUCAAGCUCAUGGUUUCUGGGGCAUUAUCACUCGACGUGCUGUUAGCUUUACCCGCAGUUCUUAUCCGUGGGAGCCAGAGAGCAAGUUUGCAACUGUCUCAAGGAAACUCGACGUUUGGGAAAAUAGCCUACCCCCGAACCACCGAUGGAGCGAAGUCACGUUUGGUGAACACAAAGCGGAAGCACAAGACUUAGCAUAUCUAGGAGUGACUAUGAUACCGCGCCUUUGCAAUAUCGUUCUUAGGCGCCCCUACUUAGUGGACAUCUUAACGUUUUCUCCUGAAUACAAACAACGACCGGCAGCUUUCACGAAGAUUGCGUACGAACUUUUCUCCAACGUCCGUGCUCUCUACACACAAAUCGACGCCCAGUUCACGGGCCGUGCUUCAGAUGAAAGCGUGGGUGCUCAAAUGGCAGCGUUCUGUGUCUACACAUGCGGCCUUCUUUCCACAUACUUGUGCCAUUAUCCAAGCAUCUGCCCAGAUCCUAACAUCAGCCGCGACGGACAUAUGAUGUACCAGAGAACCCUAUCCAUCCUGUUGGAAUGCAAAGAAGUCUGGCCCCUCGCAUCCCGUUGGGCAGAUGCCCUCGAGCGAUUUGCUCAAGAUCCCACUGGCGCUCUUACAUCGGAAACCGGCAUGGCGGACGGGAGAGAUCCUGUUCCUCAUCCAGUAAUUGACAUUCCUGCUGUGGCUCCCGCGUCCCCUGGCACAUCGCCUGCUUCGUCCAUCUACAGCCGACAAGCUAGUUCCAUAGAGCCGGGCCCUUCUUCUCUACAAUCCCCAUCUCCGCAUGGUAUAUCUGCUACUUUAUCGGCAACGCAUAUACUGCCAUCCCAUUUCCCCCCGCCUCAAAUCCAACAACAGCCCCAAAUGCAGCAGCACCAGCUUCAGGUCCACCAACACCACCAGCACCGCCAGCACCGCCAGCACCGCCAGCAUCAUCAACCGCCAGCGCCGAUAAUUACGCAACAUCAGUCGUUUGUUCCUCAUCAGCUCCAGCCACAGCUGUACAUGAGUCCCAAUGAGAUUGCUAACCUCGACAUUGUUAUGGGAACAUUUGAUCAGAGCGCUAUGCAAGGUUACCAAAUGGCGCCACAGUGCAAUCCUCCAUUGACUUCCACUACCCCAACAGUUGCGGCUAUCCCACCUGUACCGCACAGCGCUCCUGCAGACGGCUAUGAGAACGAACUGAACUUUUACUCUUAUGGAUCUCACGACUGGGUGCCUUCAGGUAACGUCUUUGACGGCUAUAACUAA